UUGUUUUCCUUACGUGAAGAAACAAAAAAAAAACGGACAAUUUCUUUAUACAGUUAUAAAAAAAAUAUUCUAAUACCAAUGAGAUUAUCCCUCUGAUAGCACUGAGGUAAAAGGUCCUAGAACGUUUUGGUCAUGGGACUGUGUAGUACUGUAUACUAGGGUGGGGAUCGGCGUGCAGUGCACAGUGUACACUGUGCCAGUAUCCAGUAUAUAGCACACAUGUAGGCUAUGGCAUUUCGAACAUUUCGAGAACCUGCUGUAACCAAAGAUGGUCAGUUGGCGGAGCUUUAACCACAACCAUAACCAUAUAUACAGAGAGCGAGAGAGAGAGAGAGAGAGAGAAUUCCUCGGGAACCACAUCAUGCCCUCUUUCGGCUUGUGUGAAGACGGGUGAGACGACUCCCAAUGAUUGCUAAGAAGAAGUAUGAUUCUGAAGUCCGUGCUCGUGCUUCUGAUCGUUCACAAGCUGAAGGUCACCAGGGCAGAAGGUUGUGGCCCUCCCCCUGUGGUGGAACACACCAAACCGAUCGAGGGCACAUUUCCACUGAACCAUAAACUGCGUUACGAAUGUGUAACUGGUUUCGUAAGGAAAGCGGGAACGUCAAACCGGAUCACAUGCAAUAUCAUAGCAUCGCAGUACGUUUGGCACACCGGAUUGCCUCUGACUUGUAUUGCCAAACCAUUUGCAAUUACUGAACCGAAAGUUGUCUUGCCGAAGACAACGCCAAAACCCAUAGAAUACAUCAAGACCUCAACGGGGAGGCCACCCUCUACCAUAGCGCAAAACUCCACGCAUGAAGCGACAACCUCAGGGAAGCCGCACACCACACACACCAGCCUAGCACCAAAAGCAGUUUCCGUAGCAACCAUCAGAGCCACCAGCAAAUCCAUCACAUUCCCAAUCGUCACAACAACAACAACAACAGCAGCAUGGGAGGAAGAGGAGACCACAGGUGUCAAUGUUAAGCCACCUAGUACAGUCAGCUAUGAUCGACUGUCCCCUAGUCCUCCCCACAGUUUCAUAAUAGAUUUACAGGAUUUUACAACCAACCCAGCAUUUUACAACCAGUCUGCUGUAGUGUCUGGAAGUGUUUCGGCGGUCUUCAUCCUCCUAGCAGUCGGCUUACUCCUAAUUUUCACAAAGAAAGCUUUGCCAUGGCAACAAAGACGAAACACCACAGACAGACCGGCCACCUACCGUAGAGUUGCCGUGGGGACAACCUCACACGCAAAUACCAAUCCCAGUUGUGGCAUCUCUCUAAGCGAACAGGAAGCAUCUGACGGGCCUGACCCGGCGCCAUAACAAACCAAAAGAGGAACUCUUUCCAGAGACUGACGUGAACACAGACUUUAAGUCUCAAGUGUAGCCCUGACGUCUGGAGAGACAUGCCAACACCUAGCACCUAGCAACACUCCGUGGGUGUAAGCCUCAACCAUAUUACAUCUUCUGCCAUUGCCUGAAGAAGAUGGUUAUAGACCCCUGUGCAGGCCUCCCACAAGGCUACAGUGAUUGAGUACUAGUGUAUACAAUAGAUUGGGUGGACUGUGUGGAAGUGAAUACAAGUACACAAGUAUGUUUUCAGUGAGGGAAUGACUGGGAUGUAUCCCAGUGGUACAUAGUCUCUGGUCUUAUCACCCUCAGUGUACAAAUAACAUAUUUAUGGCGCACAUCCUCUCCCUCUCUCACACGCACACACAAGGGAAAGACAGAGAUAUCAGACACACAUAUGUAUACAAUCAAAGUAUUGAUUAAUACCAGAUCAAGAACAAUUUGUCUGACGGUUAAGGGGCCGGCACGGUUGACGGAUUGCUCAUUGCAUGCUCCAGUGGUGACGUCAACACUGCGCCAAAACCUUAAAUGCCCACGCUUGGUGCGCGUGUGAGUUGCUGCAGUCCUCUCCUAAAUGAUAGGUGUCACGGAGUUGCGAAGUGUAGUUCAGUUUGACAGAGAAUACUGCACUAGCUUCUUAUAGCUAGCAGAAGGGUCUAACUGCUGUGUGCCAUAAAGCACACCGUAGUUCUCUCGAGAGGUGUCGCACCCUGUCCACCAAAGUUAGACAGUGCAAUACCAGGCUUACCAGGUGUGAUGUGGCAGUGGCACAGACACCAUUCUCCGUAUUACAAGUCAGUAUACCACCAAAAGGAUUUUGAAGCUGUUAUUUGAAGGUAAAAUUGUUGCUUUAGCUGUAUCACCAGUUUUCAUCUGUGGAUAAACUGCUGGAAGCAGCAAUAAGAGGGGGUAAUGUGCCAAGUAGAGCGCAGUGAAGUAGCCAAGGCUAAAUGACAUGACCGUUAAACAUCACUUGCAUUCAUGUGUGGAUUAAACGUUAAAGUUCUAAACGUGUCUGUUCAGUGUUUUGUUGCUAUUGUCACUAGCAAAACUUGAGUUGGGACAUUGUUUGUCUAGAGGCCAAUCCAGGAGGACUCUCUGCCUGUUAUGUCACUUCCUGUCAAUGUGUGUUGGUAAUCACCUGCUCGUUCGUUUGUCACAUGACCAAUCAGCCUAGUAUUUAUACCGGGCCCCUUGUCCAACUCCUUACUGAGUCUACGUGAUCUGUUGACCUUGGCUCACCACGCUGCAGCUACCUCUUGUCCUACUGUGAGUUUUUCUGGAUGUCCCUAGUUUGUUCUCUACUGUUUAGUAGUUAGAUGCUUCUUUGUUUUUUUGACUAAAGCUUGAAUUCACCUGGCUUGUGUGCCCUGUUUUGUCCAAGAGAUAUAUUUUUUUGAUCCUCUGUGUUUUGGGGAUUUUCCCUACCUUCUGUUCUCAUCUGGAUAUUCUGUGUUUUUUUUAAAUAAAGACAAAACCUUUUCUUAA